GGACCUUGAUUGGUAAACAAUACCGCUAUUAUUUGUAACACAAAGUUGCAGCGUAACGCGAAGGCGACGUCCGUUGAGGCUGCGUCCGUGUUAGAGGUGUCGGAGCAUACCCUUGACCGGCCGUCAGUCGCCGCGCGACUCUCGGUCAGCAUCCUCGUGUCUAGGCUCACCACUGCCUAUAAAGCCGGUUCACCCCGCGGACACCACAGUACAGAGCCAUGCGCCUCCCCCUAAACGCGAUCGCUGAUGCUCGCCGAAACGCAACUUUUACGCAUAUACCGAUCGCAAUUUUGCGCUUUAUACUCUACACUCACAUCUUCGAAUAAUUGACUAUCAGUGAAAAAAAUUACUACUAGUGCUAGUGAAAGACUGCAAGAUGAAGGGCCGGAGCGAGGACUUUGUGCCCCAGCCCGAGUUGCAGGAGCUUCUUCAGAAGCCAGGCAGCCUGCCCCUACUGUCCGAUCGGAAACGCGCGACAAUAAUCCCGACCGGGACAGCGAGCAAGGAGAAAUGCGUGGAGGAGACCGAUGUAGUCUCUCAGGCCAUCGGCAACUACGGCCGCUGGCAGCUGUUGAUGACGUUCCUGCUCUCGCUGUUCUCAUUCCCCUGCACAUUCCACAUUUACCUGCCGACGUUCACGGCAAGAGAAACGAAAUACUGGUGUCGGAUGCCUGACAACUUUACAGGACUACCGAUAAAAAACUGGAUCAACUACAGUCAGCCCAAUAAUAACUAUUGCCAAGUUCGAGACAUUCCUCCGGGUGUCACUGUACAAAGCAUACUGAAUGGCACUGCACCAUUGCUGGAUACCUUCCAAAAAUGCCAGGAAUGGGACUUUGAUCGGUCUGAGGUGGGAGACACCAUAAUAUCGGAGUGGAACUUGGUUUGCGACAGAGCUGGACUAACUAGUUUGGCUGAAGUUGUGUUUUUAGUCGGUGUGGGCAUUGGAGGAGUAGUGGGCGGCUGGAUUUCUGACAGAUUCGGGCGCAAGCGUAUCCUGAUGGGCAUGAUGGUGUCGCAAAGCAUUCUCGCUAUCCUGUCCCUCCUUGUCCGCUCGUACCUCCAAUACGUGAUAGUCCGACUCAUCAUGGGCCUGGUGUCCGUGUCGGUCGUGUACGCCGCCUUCGUGCUCUCAGUGGAGCUGGUCGGCGGGAAGUGGGUGACCAUCGCGGGCGUAUGCAACUUCUUCCCCCUGCCGUUAUCGUAUAUCAUCGUGACGCUGAUCUCCUACUUACUGCCGAACUGGAGGACCUUGCAGCUCUCGUUAUCUCUGCCGGGAUGCUUGUUGAUGAUUUUGUGGUUUGUCUUACCAGAAUCACCAAGGUGGUUAUUGAGCAUGGGCCGCACUCAAGAAGCCAAAGCAAUUCUUCAGAAAGCAGCAAAAUUCAAUAAAAAAGAAUUACCAGCUGAUCUAGACAAAUUACUGAUUAUACACAGAGCAGAGAACCCCGAGGAAGAGCCAAGUGUGCUUAUGCUGUUUCAAGGGUACCUACUGAAAAGAACGAUAUGCUUGUUCCUAUCUUGGUUCUCAAUGACUAUUGCCUAUUACGGUCUGCUGCUGAACAUUGGCAACUUCCAGUUGGGUGAUCUACAUAUGACGUCUAUUAUACUGGCUGUCGUAGAAAUUCCUGCUAUAGCUAUGAGCAUACCUAUUCUGUUGAAGGCAGGACGACGAGCUCCUAUAUUCAUUACCAUGCUCGUGUGUGGCCUCGCGUGCGUUGCUAGCGAGUUGUGCUCGAUGUCGGAUGAGAAAUGGGUCGUCAUACUUUGCCUCAUGCUAGGGAAGUUUGCGAUUGGCGCGACCAACAUGAUGAUGCCGAUAUUCACCGCCGAGUUGUAUCCUACUGUGAUCAGAAACUUGGGGGUAGGAGCUAGCCAGAUUGCUGCGGGUAUAGCGCUCAUCUGCAUUCCAUAUUUAUGGAAACUGAAAGCGCUGAAUGUGCACCUGCCGAUGGUGACGAUUGCAGCGCUGAGUGCAUUCGGUGGAGGCAUAGUGCUGCUGCUGCCGGACACCUCCAGCACGGAGGAGAAGCGACCCAACGACAAAAAACCGUCGUUCGACAACGCUGCGCCGUGCAACGGCACCUUCACAGUCACAGACGAUAGAGGGCACUAGUUACCUGCACCAGUGACUAAUACUUACUUAUAAGUAAUUCUGAAAUCUGAAAAGUAGCAAUAACUAGUGUUAAAUGUGUGUUUUGUUUUAAAAAUAUAACUUUUGACAGUGAAAAAAAAACUAAAGUGAAUAGUGAGAGUAAAAUCGAAUUUAGUACAAGGUAAGAAAAGUAAGUAUUGAUGUUUCAAAUAAUGUGAACGAAAAUAUUGCAAAUGUAUAAAAUAAUAAAUAUUCUUUAAUAUAUUUAGAUAGUAUAAGUGUCAAUAAGGUAAAAUUAGUUUAGUAAUAACUUUAUGUCAUUGCGGAUAGAGUUAACAAAGCAUUAUAUGGUAAAAAAAAAAUAUUAACUAAUUUGUUACCACAGCUGGCGCUAAUAGCUAAAUUUGAUUAUUAGGUACCUACUUAUUUGAGUCAUACUUGUGUUGGUACUCUGAUUAAGUGUAUGCGCAGGUACAACGUGUCUCUACCCUCUGGACAUAGAUGAAUAGGACAUGUCGAUUAGGGUACUUAUUUCUGACCUAUGUACAAAGUUUCUUUCCAAACGCCACAUUAUUAACGGAGAAAUU